AAAGCUGUUUAGUAUAUGGCUGAAAGGUGCAGAUUGAUACUGUUUUUCAGUUAGGCUAACAGUCAUUUCAGUCUGAUGAUUCAUUAACACUCACUCAUUCAUAACAUCAAAUUACACAUGAAGCAGUUUGCUUGGUAGCUAGUGACUGUACUAAAGUACAUACUACUUGCUAUAGUAUUUGUUUUGACAUUACAGAUAUAAAAAGAAACACCUUAAGUGGUGUUUAGGUGAAGUAAUGGGGUUUUUAUUAUUUGUAUUAUUUUCAUUUUUCAUGUAGAUGGCAUCCCUCUGGAUCUCCGUCAAAUCCAACCUUGCUUUCCGUGACUUUAUAGGUGAUGUUCAGUCUCUGAGUUGUGAAUCUGUGCACAUUACUUUAAGAGUUAAUGUGAAGGCAUUGCACAGAACCAAAUUUUCAACAAAAAAACAAAGAACAAAACUAAAAUAUUUUACUAAUAAUUCAGAAGUUGUAACGAUGCACAAAAUUGACAUGAAACACGCAAAGUGCAUAGUUACACAACCUCUCAAGCCAAAUUUUUAUUUAACAAAACCACAUGUUGAAAUCUUCCGAAAAAGAUAUUGGUUUCGUCGCUGAGUUUGAUGUCAAUAGUCCCUGUUCAAGUUUUGUUUUUGUGAAAGAGCACAUAGUUCCACCAUCGCACCUGAAACCACAAGAGGCCGAUUUCCCCCGCUGUGGCUUGCUGACCUUUUUAGCAGCAGAAAAACAGGUGGGACCAGUGUGAAAAACAGCGCCCAAACACAUCCCUUAUCAGCUGCGUAUUUAGUUUUGCGCUGGAGCAACGGGGCUAAUGUAGCUAGCGUACGAUGGAGACUUUUGACCACAAAUUAACAUCAUGCAAACUGCAUGCUGAGACGAGUCAAAGUAAUCAUCUUAACAUAAUUUCAUACAUUUCGUGCAUUACUAUUAUCUAAAAAAGGAAAAAUAUAGCUUAUGCUUAUGCACAUUGAUUUUUCCUACUAUUUUACCUAAUUAUAUUACCUAUACCUAUAUUACCUAUACGUAUAGCUAUAUUACCUAAGUUUGCAUUAUAGCCAGUCCAUAGUUUAGUAGUAAAUGGAAAAUUCUGUGCAAAUUUUAAACUUCUGCAAUUUCCCCAAAACUUAUAAGACUUAACUUACUGAGAUUAAAUGUAUGCAUGUAUAGUAAAUUCCCAUAGAAUUUUGAACAUUUAACUUUCUAAACUCCAUGGAAAUGUAAUUAUUUUGCAGUGUUUUUUAUAUAAUUAAUAUAUAUCUCAUUAUCAAGCUGCUUAACUUUUCAAGAUUUCUACUCCAGUUUAGGUCACGAAGGCAUGCUUACCAAACAGCUUGAGCUGAUGAUUACAGGUUCUUGCCAUCAGACUCGGAGCUCUAUCUGCAAAUUUCUGUAGCAAUACGUCCUCCUAGCCAUCCUUCUGCUGUGACUUUAAUUGUAUAAAAUAUUUAGCUGAGAACCUGGAGACUCAGUAGUAUACAGAGUUUGAACCUAGUUGCAACGCCCUCGAUCCAUCUUACUAGCUAAUUAGCAAGACAAAUAAUAAUUGGUCAGUUAGAUCAGGUGUGUUGGGAGUUAGGAUAACGUCAAACUAUAAAGGUAUGUAAAUGAGACCCCAGGAAAUGAUUUUAGAGCCCUGUUCUAAAUAGCACACAGGAUGUGACCGAGGAUAGGGAUUGGGUCACAGGCUUGUGCUUGUGUAGUGCCAAAAAACUCUGAUUUGUUUCAGAAUUGAUUCAUCUGAUUCACUUAGAUCUGGAGCCACAAUGGAAUAACAGUAUCUGUCAAUGAGUCAUCCAUAAAUUCAAUCAUGCAAGACAGAGAAAACACUAAAGUGUUGGUGGUUCUCCAGAAAUGGAGCUUAAAAAGCAAACUGAAAGCGUCUUGAGAAACAGGUUUGUGCUUAGAAGAUGAACUUGUGUUGUGUAGUUUAAAUUGUUGGGCGAGUCACAUUUGGUUCAUCAGAUUCACUUAGCUGUAGAGCCUCACUGGAAAUUACAGUGUCUAUAAAUGAGUAAUUCAUAAUGAAUUAAUUGUUUAUAAUUCACCCAUCACUAGAAACUACAGACAGAGAGAACAUUAAACUGUUGGUGGUUCUUCAGAAGUGGAUUGCUGGGAGCACCCAAACAUCAAGACAGAAAAGUCACAACAAACUUUGUCAAAUUAAACCUUGUUUGUGAAGCAAUUCCAACUGACUUAUUAGUGAACAAAUCAUUAUUACUAUUACUAACUGUGUCUUAAAUGCACUCUGUGACCUUCUGUAUCAGGAGCUUAUUCUUGGAAUAAGUAAAUUAGAAAGCAGAACCACUUCAUAUGCCUUUUAGCACAUAUUAGGUUCUAAGUAUGGUGUUUUGCUGUCCUUUUUUUAUGUAUGUGUGAAAGAGAGAAAAAGAGUGAGAAGCAGAUCAGUACGGGGAAAAAAAUUAGAAUGUGGUAAUGUUAAAAUUUUAACACUAACAUGACUGAAACAUGACACUAAUGCUCAAAAAUGCGUACAAGCAACACCUCAGCUACACACCACAAAGAGAAACAUAUCUAGAUAACCAUGUUGGAGAGAUAUCUAGUAAGGAAAUGAGAGAAGAGAUAUAUAGAGAUAAAGAGAAUGAAAAAUAUACUAAGAGAAGAGAGAGAUAGAGAGUGAGAGAAAUGUCUAGAUUGCAAUAAAGAGAGAUGAAAUAAGAGAUGUUAGUGAAAUGUAUUGGAAGACGUUGAAUCUGGGGAUAGAGAGAUUAAAAGCAAAAAAUGAAGGAAGAAAGAAAGUCAUGACAAAUGAGAAAGGAGUAAGGAAGCCCCCUGUCAUUUCCUCUCCAGGUAGGUUCACUUUCUGUAAGCUACACUUACUGAAAAUGGUGUUUGUGGUUAACUGGGACACCACCGUGUCUGCGUGUUCGUGCGCGUGUGUAAAACAGAGAGAGAGUUUGCCUCAACGUGACACCAUGUGCGAUGAAGCCAUCAGUAUAAAAACUUUUAAUGCAUAAAAAAUCGGAAAAUCAUCCAUUAAAAUAAUCACCGAGAUAUGAGUAUCAACAAAACAUUCAACUAUUCCUGAAAGGUGACUUCCAGAAUACAGAAUGAAGACAAAGAUGUUGAUUGGCCAGAUUCUGAUACUGUCGAUAAUGUCACUCAUCUCUUCAAGCGAGGACAAUAACAAUCUGGAGUGCUACACUGACUACAUAGAUGUCAUUAUGUGUGUUUGGAACACUUCGUCAGUGGAAGACAGAUUUCACAUAACACCAACCACCAACUGCAUUCUUAAAGGCGAAUACAAUGAUUACAACAUCAUUCAAUAUCGCCAAAGUAACCUGGAGCCUCUUGGCAGCUCACAGACAAAAUUACGUAAUGGAACUCUUCAAUUUUCACAAGAGUCUUUGAGUCUGGGUUCCCUAGACGCCCUGCUGUAUGUGUCGUGUGAAAACAUGGCUGAACCAGUGGAAACUAUUUCUAACUUUGAUAUAGCAGAUCAUGUUAAGUUGUGGCCUCCUGAGAGGCCACUUGUGGAAGGAUUGAAUGUCACCUGGAAGUGUGGCUCUCCUAAAUCUAUAUAUAUUCAAAGCGUGAAGUAUGAGGUGCAGUGGCGUUUGCUCGAGGACAGCUGGAAGAAUAACCAGGUGGCGUCUGCAGAAAAAGAGCACUAUGAGUUGCUAGAAGAAGAUCUGAUCUUGGGGAGGCAGUAUGUGGUCAGGGUUCGGUCCAGUGCUAUCCGUGAACAAGAAAUGUGGAGCGAGUGGAGUCCAGUCACUCAAUGGACAUCCACUGUGGGCUUACAACCUCCGUCUGAAGAUCCCAAUUAUAUUAUACUGGGUAUAUUCAAUAAUUUAACCAGCUUUAUACUUGCAACAGUUGCAGUCAUUUUAUUGGCUUUCUUCGGCAUCCUACGAUACAGGAGGAUUUUGAAGUGCCCAUAUGUACCCACACCUGGGAAAUAUUUUGGCGAUCUUUUCUCUGACCAUGGCGGUGACUUUAAGUCAUGGCUGGGUCCUAUUGUGAAUUCUGAGAUGUAUAUCAAGGCUGAUUCAGAGUGCAUCUCACCUGUGACAAUCUACAAUGCCUGCAAGUCUGAUAUGUUCUCCAAUAAGAUGGAAAAAGAUUUCAACAUAAGGGAUGGCAGCACCUCCAGUUUCUCCAACUCCACUUAUUUCCUGUCCCAGAGCUCCAAAUGUGCCUUAGGAGAUCAGCUGGAACCAUGUUCAGCGGACGGUCCCUAUGGACCAGCAGGAGGAGGUAGUGUGCAAGAGAAAAUAUUGCCAGCCACUCACGAUAAUGGCCAUGACAAUGAACUGAGCGAAGUCACCAUGAGCACCCCUUUGGAAACAUCCUCCUCCUACAAGCAGCUGCAGAAACUGCGGCUGGACGUCCAGAGCCCUGACUCAGGGUUUGCCGGGAGCUGCGAGGAACAAGAAAGCCAGGAGGAGUCCGGAAGCGAAGGACUUCCCAGCCCGCCUGUGGUGCACAACACUCUGCCCAUCAGCUGCAUCCUACCGUGCCCAGCACCCCAGCUGAUAGGAUUCCCUCAUCUCAUAGGAAUCCCACCUGGCCUGACAUGGAGCCCAUGGAAUAACCAAAACUUCACAAACCUGCCUCCUGAUAUGUCCAGAAACAUUUUGCCGGGAAAUUCUGGCAUCAUGGCUUGCUCUGGGAUGCUAGAGCCAUCUAGUGAUGACUAUAUGCCUGUUAAGAAGGUUCAAGGAUGAUCAUGUGGUGCAAGUAAUCAUAAAUCCAACAAAGAUGACAGGAACAAAGGGAAGUGUGAUGAAGGAACGUUUAUUAUAAUGUGUUAUAUGUGUUAAUUAUAACGAGUUGUAAUGUAAUGCUGCAGGAAACUUAAGCGGCCUUAAGUUUAUUUAAGAUCUACAAAAAAAGUUUUAUUUUUUUUAAUUAUCAAUUUUACCAAAUAUAGUUUUUGGAUGGCUUUUUAAUAUCGGUGUGGUGAACUGGGAAAACUCAUUGAAAUCUCCACUUUAAGAAUUUAUAAAUACAUAUUUACCAAGGCAACAUGGAGAUGUUUUUGUUUAGUCAAGUUCUAACCUUGUUUUGGCCUGGAAAAAUAGUCUGGGGGUAAGGAGCCAGUUUAACCAUUGCUGUGGUAAAUGCAAUCUGCAUAAAAAUGUCUAAAGCCUUGCUAGCCAAGUGUGUUUUUCUCAUGCAAUGAGUGUCAUGAUUUUAUCAAGUUGAUGGAUAGCUAUGCGCCAUAACAAAAUGGACAAAAGGCUCAGGAGAAUUUGUGACCAGAUAACGACUAUCAAAAUGCCUGCAAUGAUUCUGCACCAUCACAUCAUCGUUCAUGGGCAUUGAAGGAAACAACAUAUUGUAGAAAGUGUCAAAAUUUGACCAUGUGAAUGGUUAAAAAAAAAAAAAGAAGAUUACAGUAAGUCAAACUGUAAUCUUGGCAAGUUUUUACUGACAUUACUGAACAACUAGUUUGACACGUUUAUAUCGGGUAGAAAGACAUCCAUUAUGUGUUAGCUAUAUUAGCUUGGUCACUCGUGUAAAACUAAAGCUGCAAAUACUAGACUGUCUUGACUUGUUGCCUCUCGUUUAAGCUGUUAUUUAUUGACAAUAUUACAAUUUAUUAAUUUUUGUAAACUACUUACAGUGGUGGAAAUCACUGCCCACCAUUUCUGAUGCUAUUAUAUAAUAUAAUAAAUGAUAGAUAUUCUCCUGUUUGAAAGCAAAUUAGAAUUUAGCAGUAUUUCACAGUAUUUUAUUUUUGUUAUCUAUGUAAAAUGAUAUUACUGUUAUAGCUGAUUGUUUUUGCUUAUGUAAAUCUUACAAGUGCAAAAUCUGUUUAAUAUCAUGUAAUUGUGGGAAGCUAAACACCGACAGUCUUAAUGUUUAAUGGAAAGUCAGUCACAGUUUCCAUCACCUAAGCAUCAUUGCCUCUGCAAAGUAUUUCGUUGAGUGUGUGUGUCCUUUAAAUGAGUUUGAGCAUGAAGGGACUUUAAAGACAAUAUUCAACAUAUAUGUGGCAUGGAAAUUUGUGAUAUGGUGUGAUGUGUGUGUAUUUGUAUUUGUGCUGUGCUGCUAUGAAAAAUAUAAAAACAAUACUAUACAACCAUGGCAGCAUGACAGUUGAAUUGUUUAUGAAGAUUAUUAAGUUGAAUUCCUCUUGAGGGAAAGACAAAAUAAAGACGUUUAUAUCGGA